AUGCCUACACGUUCGUUCACCAUCCGUGUUCCCGCGACCUCUGCCAAUAUCGGCCCCGGCUUCGACGUCGUUGGCCUCUCGCUUUCUCUCCAUCUCACUCUCACCGUAAACGUCGGAGCCCAUGAUUCUGCCUCCCCGAAAAUCACCUACUCCGGCGAGGGCGCUGACGAGGUCCCUCUCGACGCAUACAAGAACCUCACCACUCGCGUCGCGCUCUACGUUCUCCGAUGCCACAAUAUCGCAAAGUUCCCUGUCGGCUUAACAAUCCACUGCGACAACGAGAUACCGUUCGGACGCGGACUCGGCUCGUCCGGCGCCGCAGUCAUCGCUGGGGUCAUCCUCGGCAGUGAGCUUGGGGAGCUCAGCCUUCCCGUCGAGCGAUUGCUCGACUUCGCGCUCAUGGUCGAACGCCAUCCGGACAAUGUCACCGCUGCGCUCGUCGGAGGCUUCGUCGGCUCGUACUUGCGGGAGUUGGACGAGGCGGCAACAGAGGCGGCCAGCGUACCCCUCAGCGAAGUCCUCCCGGAGUACCCGCCAGAUGCUGGAGAGGAGUGGGGGCUGAACCCGCCGCAACCGCCCCUUGGGAUCGGCCACUACGUGCGGUUUGGAUGGUCGGAGAGCAUCAAGGCCCUCGCGAUUAUCCCGCGCUUCGAGCUGAGCACGGCGAGCGCACGCGCAGUUCUCCCGCUGGAGUACUCGCGAAAGGAUCUGGUGUUCAACCUCCAACGACUAGCGGUGCUCACCACCGCGCUCGCGCAAAACCCACCAGAUCCGGAGCUCAUCUACGAGGCGAUGAAGGACCGCGUUCAUCAACCCUACCGGAAAACUUUAAUUCCCGGGUUGCCUGAAGUCACGUCCAACAUCACCCCCUCUACCCACCCCGGGCUGCUCGGGAUCUGUCUCUCCGGGGCAGGACCUACCAUCCUCGCGCUCGCCACCGGCGGCUAUGAGGCCAUCGCAAACGACGCAGCGGCGAUCUUCAAAACGCACGGUAUCGACGUCGACUGGAAGGUCCUCGAGAUCGCUGGCGGCAGUGUUGUACAACAGAACCCUUGAUACCAAGGCUGUAAUGUCAAGAAUGUGUAAUUUUGGCCAGCUUCGAUCAUAGAGCUAUGUAUCAAAGCUUG